AUGGAUGUGACAGUAGACUACCUCUGUGUUGAUCUGAAAGUAGACUACCUCUGUGUUGAUCUGAAAGUAGACUACCUCUGUGUUGAUCUGAAAGGUCUCCUGCUUGUUCUGUCUCUAGCUCUGCUCUGCUGUCUACCUCACCCGGCCUCACCAACCGAGCUAGCUCACAAUGACUCAGGGGUUCCCUAUCUGCGCUCUACGUUGGUAGAGGAGGCUCUGAAAAGGGCUUUAGAACGUACCAAUGCUGCUUACGCCCACACCAAGGAGAGAGUGAAGACAUCCCUGUCGGAGGGUGCUCUGAGACCCAGCGACCUCCUAGCCCAGUUCAAACAGAUCGGACCCCAGACCAGGAGGCACAUCAGCGCCGCUGAGCUGUUGGACAAUACAGUGGAACUGAUCAGAGAGAUGGUCUACACCAGUACCAUGGCCCAGUCCAGUCUACCUGACCUGUUGAGUGAGGAUCUGCAGGUUCUCCUACAGGCUUCAAGCUGUUCCCCAACAGACCUGUUGAGUGAGGAUCUGCAGGUUCUCCUACAGGCUUCAAGCUGUUCCCCAACAGACCUGUUGAGUGAGGAUCUGCAGGUUCUCCUACAGGCUUCAAGCUGUUCCCCAACAUACCUGUUGAGUGAGGAUCUGCAGGUUCUCCUACAGGCUUCAAGCUGUUCCCCAACAGACCUGUUGAGUGAGGAUCUGCAGGUUCUCCUGCAGGCUUCAAGCUGUUCCCCAACAUACCUGUUGAGUGAGGAUCUGCAGGUUCUCCUACAGGCUUCAAGCUGUUCCCCAACAGACCUGUUGAGUGAGGAUCUGCAGGUUCUCCUGCAGGCUUCAAGCUGUUCCUCUGAGAUGCAGAGACCUCUCCACCUGUUGAGUGAGGAGGACAUGCAGGUUCUACUGCAGGCUACAGGCUGUUCCUCUGAGAUGCAGAGACCCCUCUGUAAGACUGGCUGUCUGUCUGAACGCUACCGCUCAUUCACCGGGAAGUGCAACAACAGACAGCACCCUAAGUGGGGUGCAGCCAAUACCCCGUAUUCCCGCUGGCUCCCCCCAGAGUAUGAGGACGUCAGAGGGGUCCCUAGGGGCUGGGACCCUGAACACACCUACUAUAACUACACCCUGCCCCCGGUGCGCCUGGUAUCCCAGGACGUUCUCUACACCCACAAUGAGAACAUCUCUCUGGACUCAUCUCUGUCCCACCUGCUGGUGGAGUGGGGUCAGUGGAUCGACCAUGACUUCGCUCUGACCCCUCAGAGUCCCAGCACAGCUGCCUUCAGGACCGGGGCCGACUGCACCCGCACAUGCAGCCGGGACACUCCCUGCUUCCCUAUACAGAUCCCGCUGUCAGACCCUCGUACUGGUAUACAGAGCUGCAUGCCUUUCUUCCGCUCGGCGCCCAGCUGUGUCGGGAGCGAAGCCUUCACCGGGGCCACACCCCACCAUCACCGGGAGCAACUGAACGCCAUCACCUCAUUCGUGGACGCCAGUAUGGUGUACGGUAGCUCCUCCCCCAUGGCUGCGGCCCUGAGGAACCUCUCCUCUCCACUGGGUCUUCUGGCCCUCAAUGAUCAGGCCUCAGACCAGGGUCUCGCCUACAUGCCCUACCUGCCUCGCCUACAGGGACGCCUGGAUCCCUGUGGGCCACGAAGCGGGUCUGGGGCCAACUUCACCGGAGCCACAAGUGCCUCUGACACAUCUGCUACUGCGCCAACAGAACAGGAGAAUAUUACAUCCUGUUUCCAAGCAGGUGACUCACGGGCCAAUGAGCACCUGGGGAUGAUAGCACUCCACACGUUGUUCCUGAGGGAACACAACAGAUUGGUCAGAGAGCUGCACCUCCUCAACCCUCACUGGAGCCCAGACACCUUGUACCAGGAGGCCAGGAAGAUCAUGGGGGCUGUCCACCAGAUCCUGACCUGGGAGCACUAUUUGCCCAGGGUCCUGGGUGAGACCCCCACCUCCCUCCUGAUGCCUCCGUACAAGGGCUACGACCCUGAGAUUGACCCCAGCAUCGCUAACGUCUUCUCAGCCGCCGCCUUCCGCUUUGCCCACGUCACCGUGCAGCCGAUGGUGGCCCGCCUGGGCCCUGGGUACAGCCUCGCCCCACAGCACCCACCUCUGCCCCUACACCACUCCCUCUUCGCAUCCUGGAGGGUCGUACAGGAGGGGGGUAUAGACCCAGUGCUGCGUGGCCUCCUCCUAUCCCCAGCCAAGCUCCAGAUGCCAGGCCAGAUGAUGGUUGAGGAGCUAACUGAGAGACUGUUCCAGGCCCAGGGUGGGAUGCCACUAGACCUGGGUGCCCUCAACCUGCAGCGGGGCCGAGACCACGGUCUGCCUGGUUACAGCUCGUGGCGUGGGCUCUGUGGCCUCUCUGUUCCCAACACCACCUCUGACCUUGCAGGUAUUCUGGGUAACUCUGGUCUGGCUGAGAAGUUCCUGUUGUUGUACGGGACGUCCCAGAACAUCGACGUAUGGGUGGGGGCCAUCUCAGAGCCUCCUCUACCUGGGGGCCGGGUGGGACCCCUCCUGGCCUGUCUGCUGGCCAAGCAGUUCAGAGCACUGAGAGACGGAGACAGGUUCUGGUGGGAGAGAGAGGCUGUGUUCACCAGCACCCAGAGAGCUCAGCUUCACACCGUGUCCCUGUCCCGUAUCAUCUGUGACAACACGCACAUCACACGUGUUCCCUCCGACCCAUUCAGCCGUACGGUCAGCCCAGAAGACAUGCUGGCCUGCAGCCACCCCCUCAUCCCUCACCUUAACCUCUCUGCCUGGAAGGAGCCUGACACAGAUCCCAGUUGUGGUCCAAUCCCCAGGUUACAGUCAGGCUUCUCUCUGCUCUGUGACUCCGUCAUCUACUACCAGUGUGGUCCAGGCUAUCAGCUGAUUGGUCCAUCCUCUGUGACCUGUGACCCCAACAGCUAUCAAUGGAGUCCUGCUCCCCCAACCUGCCACGACCUGGACCUGUCCUCCCUGUCUGCAGUCUCAGUAGUGUCUGCUGUAAUAGCUGUGGUUGGUGGUGUGGCCAUCAUGUUCGUGAUACUGGCCUGUUGUAGAAGGUACGUCAUUAUAAUGAUGUCCAGGUGA